UUCUCAAACAAUCUUAAUGAGCAACGAACCUAACCAACCUCAAUUCUCACAAAACCUUUAUUUCAAUUCCCCUGGAAGAGCUCCACGACCAAGGCUUUCAACCUCAUUCGAAUUCUGUUGGCUAAAAUUACAUGCAAUGCUUUGACUUCAAGCCACCACACUGUAUGUUUUUGUGGGAGGUUGAAGAAAUCGAAUGGGUCUCUGCAAUUCGAAACCCUCUUCAAAUCACACUCUUUCGUUUCGCCAAUCCGACAAUCACUCACCCAGGAACGACCCCCCACAGCCUCAACACAACUCCUUCACAGUUAAUCACAGUGCUGAACCUCACUCCAAUUCCGUCAAUGGCGAAAACCCUAACAAGGAGAACAAAGAGCCAGAGAAUGGUAAAAAAUCUCCAUUUUUCCCGCUUUACAGUCCGAGUCCGGCUCACCAUUUGUUCUCCAAGAAGUCCCCGGCGAACGGUAGCUCGCCGAUGCGGUUUUUCAAGCGGCCGUUCCCGCCGCCGUCUCCGGCGAAGCAUAUAAGAUCCUUGCUGGCUCGGCGGCAUGGUUCGUCGAAGCCUAAUGAGGCUCCGAUACCGGAAGCCGUCGAAUCGGAGGUGGUCGCUGGGCUCGACAAGAACUUCGGAUUCUCGAAGCAUUUCGGAAACAAAUAUGAUCUUGGAGAUGAGGUUGGGAGAGGCCAUUUUGGAUACACCUGUGUUGCCACGCUUAAGAAAGGAGAGCUCAAAGGUCAACAAGUGGCCGUCAAAGUCAUUCCAAAAGCCAAGAUGACCACUGCUAUUGCUAUUGAGGAUGUGAGAAGAGAAGUACAAAUAUUAAGAGCUUUGACUGGACACAAGAAUCUAGUACAGUUCUAUGAUGCAUAUGAAGACCAUGAUAAUGUCUAUAUAGUAAUGGAAUUGUGUGAAGGAGGAGAGCUGUUGGACAGAAUAUUAUCAAGAGGUGGCAAAUACACAGAGGAGGAUGCAAAAGCUGUCCUGAGACAAAUACUGAACGUUGUUGCUUUUUGCCAUCUACAGGGUGUUGUGCAUCGUGAUCUUAAACCUGAGAACUUUUUGUUCACAUCCAAGGAUGAGAACUCAGAGCUGAAGGCCAUAGACUUUGGGUUGUCUGAUUUUGUUAAACCAGGUAUGUUUUUAUUCCUUUUUCUUAUUUUGCAUGCCAUUUAUUAUCUUAGACUUGCUUUGUUUUUCAACUUUCCAUUGUUCUUUCCAGAUGAAAGACUUAAUGAUAUUGUUGGUAGUGCAUACUACGUGGCUCCUGAAGUUCUACAUAGAGCUUACAGUACAGAGGCUGAUGUCUGGAGUAUUGGAGUGAUUGCAUAUAUUUUAUUAUGUGGCAGCCGUCCAUUUUGGGCCCGGACCGAGUCCGGUAUCUUUCGCACUGUAUUGAAAGCUGAUCCAAGUUUUGAUGAACCUCCUUGGCCUUCUUUGUCAGCUGAAGCAAGGAGUUUUGUUAAGCGAUUACUAAAUAAAGAUCCAAGGAAAAGAAUGACUGCAGCACAGGCAUUAAGUCAUCCAUGGAUUAGAAUCUAUAAAGAUGUUAAAGUGCCUCUGGAUAUUCUAAUAUUCAAGCUCAUGAAGGCAUACAUGCGAUCCUCAUCUCUGCGAAAAGCAGCUAUAAGGGCUCUGUCUAAGACGUUAACCGUUGAUGAGCUUUUUUAUUUUAAAGAGCAGUUUGCACUUUUAGGGCCAAACAAAAAUGGUACCAUUAGCUUGGAAAAUAUCAAAGAGGCCUUGAUGAUAAAUGCAACGGAUGCUAUGAAAGAGUCACGCGUUACUGACUUUCUGGCAUCACUUAAUGCUUUGCAAUAUAGAAGGAUGGAUUUUGAUGAGUUCUGUGCUGCCGCACUUAGUGUUCAUCAAUUUGAAGCACUUGACGGGUGGGAGCACAUUGCUCGUUGUGCCUAUGAACUUUUUGAAAAGGAUGGAAACAAGGCUAUAGUCAUUGAGGAACUAGCUUCGGAGCUUGGGCUUGGUCCAUCUGUCCCUGUUCAUGCUGUUCUUCAUGACUGGAUUCGGCACACGGAUGGAAAGUUAAGCUUCCUUGGAUUUGUGAAAUUGCUGCAUGGCCCAUCUAGAAGUCUUGUAAAAGCUCAAUAGAAACUUUGGUGGGCCAAAUACUUAUACUACGAUGAUCUGGCUAAUAAAAUGCUAAUGGCCACAUCACAAUAUUCACAACCCUAUCGUCAAUGGAUUGUUUGUCACAUUGAGGCUCAGCAUAUAUCAUCUUGGAUUUUUUAACCCCUUUAUAAGGCUCGAGUCUUUGUUUAUUUAUUUAAUUUUUGUUUACCACUUGGAGCAAGUGUGAAGCCUGCUACACGCGUUUGAAUUUUCCACUGUAAAGCUGUAGUGUGUUAAGUUGCGGGUGAGAAUAUAUCGGGUUGUUUUUAGAAGGAUACACGUAAAUUGUAACAUGUUCUGUGAUUCACAAUUGAGGAGUAUAAUUCUUGUCC